UUCAAAAUUUCAGCUCCCUAAAAGAUUAAAUGUCCUUUCUGUUGUUUCUACUAAUUAUUUUUCCAUUGUUCCAUCUCCCUCGUCCUAGAUAAUUCUCAUGACAGUUGCGGGGACUGAAAUGCAACAAGUGGUUUUUCAGGAGUUUCCCUGUAGCGCAGAUCGAUAGUCCGCCAUAGCGUUCUUCAAUGGCAUCUUUCCAGUUGUUGUUACAAUGUAAUGGCUAAUAUAUGCCUGGAAAAUAUGGUGAAAUGUGAACAAUAAUCUUUCUUUUCCUACGCAAAAGUCCUGGACUCCAAGGAUUUUAGUUUUACGUCCACUUAUUUUUAAUGUACUUGAGGAAAUACAUAACGAAAAAUGGCAAAGCUGAACGGAGACGGACUUGGUUAUUCAUAUCAUUUACCUUCUGGUGGCUGGAGUUUACGAUUAAGAAAUAUACUAUCCCAAUUCUGUGAACUCUUCAGUGAAUUCGAUAAAUAUAUAGCUCCAGCAUAUCAUCAUGAUCGUUGUGAACGGUCUGUGCAAAUGCGAUUAUAUACAAUGCAUAAACGAGAAUUUGUAAUGACAUUUAUUGCAUUUUUUACAUCUCUAGGAUUAGCAAUUUUUAUUGGAGUCGCAGGUCCUCCAAUUACCAGUACUGCUGAAUUAGAUGGUAAACUGUUAUUGCCAAAAAAUAAUCAGAGUAAUUUGAGUCAAGCACUCAUAGCCUCUGGUCCAUUCACUAUGAGAACUCCUUCAUUGACUACCUAUUCUCAACAAUUAUGGCUGAUAGUGAAAUUGACCACUGGAAAUAAAGACGAUGAGAUUUACGAUAAAAGCUUUCAAGUCUCGAUAACAAUUGAAGGUCUUACUGAAGAACAUAAGCCAAUUAGUGUUGUCGACACCAAGCAUUCAAGGAACAGGACGAGGCAUCUGAGAUGUGAGAAUCAGAAUUGUGAUGAAUUCAUUGUGCUACAUUUGGGCUAUCUUGAUUACACUCAUUAUAUUCUGACUGUGCGUUUUCAUGGAUUGGAGGCUUUCCACAAGAGAUACAACAUAAAUCAAGUCACCUUUUACUUCAAAACAUACAAUCCUGGAUUCACAAAGAUAGAGAUUUGGUUUAGAUUCGUUUUUCUUCUCACUACGUUUCUCAUAUCGUGUUGGUUCGCCAAUUCCUUGAAGAAAUAUGCGAUGCACGAUUGGUCCAUCGAACAGAAGUGGAUGUCUUUUCUCCUACCAUGUCUAAUUGGAUAUAACAAUCCAGUGUUUCCGAUGAUGUUCUUGGUGCAUUCUUGGAUUCCUGGCCUCAUAGAUGCCUUCGCUCAAGCAACUUUCUUAUGUGCAUUACUUCUAUUUUGGCUGUGUAUUUAUCAUGGUCUCAGACAGAAUGAGAGGAAGUUCUUGACUUUUUACGUGCCAAAAUUGUUUUUGGUCGCCAUGUUAUGGUUUCCUGCCAUAAUCCUGUCCACGUGGGAAAAAGUGAAUGAACUUGAGGAUCCCACAUACAACCACGAAGUUGACACUUCUAAUUAUUACGUUGUCCAGUCUUUUUUCUACAUAUUCAGUGUUGUUUAUAUAAUCUACCUCGGACUGCUGAUUUUGAGGGCUUAUACAGAGUUGAGGUCCAUGCCAUUUUUCGAUUUGAGACUGAAAUAUUUGACACUCCUCAUGGUUAUAGUGCUGUCCAUAAGCUGCGUGAUAACUUUCUUACGAUUUGGAGUUGGAUUUUUGGAAGAUAAUUUUGUGGCAAGGCUGUCAACACAUUAUACUAGCUCAGCGCAAUUUAUGGCAUUUUAUGGUUUGUUGAAUUUCUAUCUGUAUACGAUGGCCUACGUCUACUCUCCAGGAAAUUCUUCAGCUCAUGAGUUUGCAAUCACCAAAGAUAAUCCUGCUUUCUCAAUGAUCAACGACUCUGAUGAGGACGUGAUCUACGGAUCAGAUGAGGAGAGCAGGCGGCCUCUGAACAGAUCUAGGAAUGAUGAUGACAGUGAUUGAUUUUGAUAAGAAUUUUUACAGCAGUUGAAAUUCGCAUUUUGGCACUACUUGCGGUGUCUUUGAAAGCGCUCAACGAGAUUUGAAAAAUAAAUUGUAGAAAACUCGGCCGGUGAGGAGAUAUUUGGGAAUGGGAAUUUUCUGUGAAAAUUCCAAACGUUGAGAGUCAUUUUGAAGGGCAGUCAGGGUUCAUUCAAUUGAAUUUUUGUUGCGUCGGAAGAAAUCGAUCAUAAGUUACUUGUUGGGAUGAUUUUGGUAUUUCAUAACAGGAAAGAAAUGUAUCAGAUAUUCCUGUGAAUUGUUAUCCAGUUUUAAUGUUAUUAGGUAGAUACAUUUCCAGAUUGAACAGUGUAUACAUAAUACGCAAUUUCUUUGGAAACUUUCGAGUUGAAAUAAUGUCGAUGUUUGAUUACAAACUUCAGAUACCUACUGUUUUACCUAUGUGAAGUCAAAUGACGCAAAAAAUUUGGCUGACCACCUAAUUUUUUCGGUCAAUAUUGAACUUUUCGCCAGAAUUUCUUCGGCCAUCAACUCCGGAAUCUGAAAUAAUAUUCUCAUUUUGGUGGUAAGUGAAAAUGUGAAAAAAACACCGUCUGCGAUCAUAGAUAAUACUUACAAAUUUUCGUUUUUCACUUUAAACUUGAAAUAUUACAUGAAUUUACAAUUUUUCAUCUUUACUUUCGAUUUCAUAAUUACAUAAAGGAAUCAGAUCAUAACCACGAAAUUAUGUGCGAAAAAUCAUAAUCCCUAUAUAAAAAUAUUUUACAACUGAUGGUAGGAUUAGAUUUUGUAUUUGUAUUGGAUGAAUAAAAUUUCAAGGUUUCUUGU